AUGAUCCAUGAUCAGUACCUGAAGGGGAAUCUCUCUCUCACCAUCACUGAAGCUGAUCUCACUAAGAGAGGCUGGUACACGUGUCAGUGUGAUAAGAAAGAGCUCUGUGAUGUGAAUCUUCAGAUUGAGCCCUUUAACACUAUGGUUCAGAUAGAGCCUGGUGAAUCUCUGGUCCUGGAUUUGGAUGUAUCAGAUCCAGUGGACGUGAUAUAUAACAGUACAAGUGCAGCUAAUCGAUCCAGUGGUCAGAUCUCUACAGUGGAUAGAGAUUCACUACAGUGUAAACCUGAAUACACACAGAGAGUGUCAGUAAUCUCUGCUCUGGAGCUGAGAGCAGUGACUCCAUCUGAUAACGGGGUUUAUACUAUACUGACCGUCAGGGAAGAAGAAGUUAUCCACACCUACUCAGUGACCGUCCAAGGUGACCACUCAGAUCUGGACACAGAUAAAGGAGCUGCUGUACCAGUGUGGGUGAUUGUACUGAGUGUGAUGGGAGCUGCUGUGAUUGUGGGGUUAGUGGUGCUGAUUCUGCUGCUGAGGAGAGAAAAUCAGCUUCUACAAAUGGAAGGUGCAAAGAACCGAGCUCAGAUGAACCAUCACUCUGACCACAGUCCAGGUCAGUCAUGCAGUCCUGCAGCUCUGCUCUCUGUGUCCUGAUCUUACUUAC